ACAUUUGUUCUUGGGCUUGGACGGAGGAGUUAAUCCAUUCGCAUUUUGCUCAUGGACUUUUCACGGUGACGGACUUGAGAAUUCACAGGUCUUGGUGAAGUCCUCGUCAUCAAAUUUCUGGUUUGGGACACUUUGUAUUCCGCAUAGCAUCAUCAGCAUCAGGAUCUGGAGGAGCGAUGUCCGGGCUCUCACUUGUAUUUUUAUUGAAAUUACAUUAUUCGAUUCGAGAGGUGGAUCUGCUGCGACAAAGGAAUUCGUCAAACUUGAAAAACAGUCGAGAGAUCACGGGUAUGUUUCAUUUUAUGUUAAUCUGUUAUCUCCCUAG